CGGCCGGACCGGGCUGGCGGAGCCGGGCCCGCGGGGCUGCUGCGGGGCCAGCGGGCCGCGCCAUGGACUCUCAUGUCCAGCCUGCAUCCCAGCCUCACUGAGCCAGCCACCCUGAGAGCUCCUGACCCUGGAAGCCCCCAGCACUGACCAUGUCGAUAAUGGACCACAGCCCCACCACGGGCGUGGUCACCGUCAUUGUCAUCCUCAUCGCCAUCGCGGCCCUGGGGGCCUUGAUCCUGGGCUGCUGGUGCUACCUGCGUCUGCAGCGCAUCAGCCAGUCCGAGGAUGAGGAGAGCAUCGUGGGGGAUGGCGAGACCAAGGAGCCCUUCCUGCUGGUGCAGUAUUCGGCAAAAGGACAGUGCGUGGAGAGAAAGGCCAAGUUGAUGACGCCCAACGGCCCGGAAGUGCACGGCUGAUCUAGGAUGCGAGGCUCCUGGUCCAGUUUGCAGCCCGCCAAGAGGUGCUGGGAGGGGCAGAACCACAUGGAUGAGCACACGGGUUGACACCUGCUGGCAUGGCCUCGACAGGCUUUGUCUUCGCAUGCACUGACUCCCGGGGCGGGGGCCCAGACAUCCUGGGUGUCCCCUUGGCCUCUUGGCAGGGCUGCCCAUUGCAGGCAGUGGGCAGGCCUGACCUUGCCGGGGCAUAUAGCCCCGUAGCGCUUUUGUUACUUGAAUGUUGAGCUGAGCCUGUUUCUGACGGAGCUACUACUGUAACGCGUGAACUAACCUGUGAACUGUACAUAGGCCCCCAGAAGCACGUGCUUAAGCCUCACUGCUGAUUUUUAAAAUACCGCAUAGGGCAUUCUGGGCGGGUUUACCAAGGACUGCAGCUGGCAAACAAUGAGCCGAGUUGAGGUCGCGGCUGGUCGCAGACCUCCUUAGGCCUGCAUUGCUUGGGGGGCCAGGGUGGGGUGCCACCGUGCAACCGGGGGUUUUGUACAGAGAGGGUGUGACCAGCUGGGGAGCUCUGGUCAUUUCUGCUUGAUCAAAGGAAUGGAGCCACACGCACCCCCUCCCGCUUUGUCCAGAAACAUACAGCUGUUACGCAGCAGUUCCUGUUGAUAGUGGAGUUUACUGCAAGGAAGCUAUGUGCCCGCCUGGGAGCCAGUGACGGACAGGCUGGUCCCGAGGCUGCCAGGCUCCCUGGUAGCAGAGCAGUCUUUUUUGCCCCCUGGUUUUGCGCAUGCUGAGUGCCCCUUAGUGCCAGCUUUGCUGCCACUGCCCUGGCCUUUCAGCUGACCCCAGGGCUCAGGGCGUGCUGCUUUCAGUACCCACAGAGAGGGAAAUCUGGUUUCGGUUUUUGUAUUUAAUAUUUUCUGCACUGGAUGGGUGAGAGGAUGUGUUAACUGUUUUCUUACUCUUCCCUUUGCAAGUCAGCUUCCUUCCGCCCUGUGCUUCCUGCCCACCUGCUGGGCUCGGAUUUCACUUUCCCCAGGGGGUCUCUGUGAACAAGCUAGAGUCCUCCCCCUCCCCACCACCCCAUGCACAAACCUGGCUUUGAAGGCACUGAGUGUCUACGGGACAUUUCUCAGGUGCCAUCAGGCAGUCCCACCCAGCCUGUACUUGGGGUGUAGGGUGGGGUGGGGCAGGGGGUGGAUUCUGAGUGCAGCUCUUGGUCCCGCACAGCAUACUGGCUGUGCUUCCAACCAGCCUGCUUCUCCCAAAGUGUCUCUCGUGUGCACUUCUGUGAGCUUACCUUUACACUUGGCAUCCCACCCCUGUAAGCUCAUUCUCUGCUGUCACUGUUACAGAUCGGUGUCAGUAUGCAGUAGUAAGCAGAGAGCAGGUCGGCACAGCCAGCCCACGCCGGACCGUGAGGUGCUGGCUCUUCGCACUUGAGCCGCCUGCAAGCAACUUGGGCAGGGAGCCCAGUGCUCUGUCCAUCUCUGACCCUUAUCCCAAGUCUCCACUAAAAACAAAACCAUGUCAAACUAAAUCCACUCUCUAGAGCCCUCGGGGGUGGUGGGGAUAGGAAGCAAUGGGGGGAGGGACCUUUAAGCCAAAUAGGGGUAGGAGGCGGCAGCUGAUGAGGCUGUGGGAACCUGGGUAGUGAGGAGACCCCACGAGCGCCUUCCUGCAAACUUCAGGCAGCUCUUUGGUGCCUGGGCCCCUCCUGGAGCUGCCCAGCCUGUGGGGGAGGACCUGGGAGGGAGAAGAGUGCCCAGGGAAGGCAGACCCUGCUGGUUCUAAGAGGCCUGCAUUUCAGUGUGCUUCAUUCCUCUUGGGUUGGAGAACUUCCAGGCUCACUACCUCUGCUUACCGCAGCCGAGGCUGCCGCUGUGUGGGGUUGGGGAGGGUACUACCUUCGGGCUCCUGACCCCGGGAUUUGAUUGUUGCUCACCUGUAGCUUCUGCCAUGCCAGUGCAGAAUGGUUCUGGAAUAAUUAAAGGUCACUUUGUCGUCA